AUGAUGCCCAGCGCCCCUCUUCUCCUCCUCGGUCUCUUCGGCCUUGCUGCUGGCCAGACGCAGUACACCAGCACCGGAACCAGCGCCGUGGCGGCUGCCCGCGCCACAGCCCUGACUCUGUCGCCGACCAGCAGCGUCGCGGGCCUCAAGUUUGAGCGCUUUGUGCAGAUCUUUCUCGAGAACCAGGACUACAGCGCCGCCAUCGCCAACACAAACCUCGCGUACCUCGCCACGCAGGGGAUCAAGCUGACCAACUACUUUGCCAUCACACAUCCGUCGCAGCCCAACUACGUAGCCGCGGCCGGCGGCAGCGCCUUUGGCGUCACGGGCGACGGCUUCGUCCGCAUCGGCUCCACCACCAAGACCAUCGUCGACCUGCUCGAGCCGGCCGGCAUCAGCUGGGGCAUCUACCAGGAGGACAUGCCGUACUCGGGCUUCCAGGGCAACUGGAUCAACCACGCGACGGGCGCCAACGACUACGUCCGCAAGCACAACCCACUCGUCAGCUACGACUCGAUCACGUCCAACGCCAACCGCGGCGCCAAGUGCAAGAACUUCACCAUGUUCGCGGCCGACCUCGCCGCCAACAAGCUGCCGCAGUGGCUGUUCAUCACGCCCAACAUGACCAACGACGGCCACGACUCCUCCCUCUCGACCGCCGGCUCCUGGGCGCGCAACUGGCUGACGCCGCUGCUGAGCAACGCCAACUUCAACGGCGGGCGCACGCUGGUGGUGCUGACCUUCGACGAGGGGACGACGUUGGGCACCAACCAGGUCUACGCCGUGCUGCUCGGCAGCGCCGUUGCCGCCGCACAGGUCGGCACGUCGAACUCGACCCGCUACAGCCACUACAGUCUGGCCAAGACGGUCGAGACGAACUGGGGGCUGGGGAAUUUGGGGCAGGGGGAUGUCGCUGCUAAUGCGUUUUUCUGA